AUGGCGGAAAUUCGAGACAUCGUCAUCAACCCGCCAUCUUCGAACCCUUAUGACAAGCUUAAGGAGCAGCUUAUAAAACGGCUGUCUGAGUCACAGCAACAGCGCUUACGUCAGCUGCUGACAACAGAAGAAUUGGGAGAUCGUACUCCAACGCAGUUUUUACGUCGCAUGUACCAGCUUCUCGGCGAUGAAUCAUCCGCCUUGGACGAAUCGAUUUUAAAGGAGCUUUUCCCGCAACGGCUUCCCCAGACCGUAAGGAUGAUCCUCUCUGCCUCCGCCUCCGUACCGCUCCGAGAACUGUCCGAAUUGGUGGACAGGAUCAUGGAAGCCACUCCUUCCUUCGUCAAUCAUAUUCCAACUACUCAUACCCACAGCCCCACACCUCCACCUACGCUAGUAGACCCAUACUCUGUGUGCGCGCUCCGAGAAGAAGUCCAACGCCUUCGUUCUCUCGUUUAG